CGUAGCACGUCUCUCGCGAGACGCCGUAGUUCCGACAGCGCAGAUCGUGGUUCAAAUGAUUGCUGUGUAAAUAGCCAAACGUCGCAUUUUUUUUGUCUCAGAAAGCGGGUAAAUCACAAAAAUGUCGAUUCAAGCCUCAAACCCCAACAACCCGGUUGUGUUCUUCGACAUUACCAUUGGAGGGCAGGAUGUUGGACGGAUGAAGUUUGAGCUCUUUGCUGAUGUGGUUCCAAAGACAGCUGAGAACUUCCGGCAGUUCUGUACUGGAGAGUUCAGGAAAGAUGGCGUUCCUAUUGGCUACAAAGGUUGCACAUUCCACAGGGUGAUCAAAGACUUCAUGAUACAGGGAGGAGACUUUGUAAAUGGUGAUGGAACAGGUAUCUGCAGCAUCUAUAGAGGUCCAUUUGCAGAUGAAAACUUCAGAAUAAAGCAUUCUGCUGCCGGUCUUCUUUCAAUGGCAAACAGUGGUCCAGGAACAAAUGGAUGUCAGUUUUUCAUUACCUGCACUAAAUGUGACUGGCUAGAUGGGAAACAUGUUGUGUUUGGAAAACUGGUUGAUGGCCUACUGGUCAUGAGAAAAAUUGAGAAUGUCCCAACAGGGCCCAACAACAAGCCUAAACUCCCCAUUGUCAUUGCACAGUGCGGAGAGAUGUGAGCUGACACGUGCUAAACACCGUGUCAACAUUACACAGCCUCUGUAUACUUUUAAUGUCUUAAUUGUGACUUGUUACUCUUCAGAAAACAUUAACACACUGAUUCCUGCAAUGACCAGUAGUGGAUAUUGAUGUACUUAUUUGGUUUCAGACUGCAUUUGUUUUAAAUUCAUUGCUUCAUUGCUGUUGUUCUGUCAAGUCCAAAUUAAGACUGUUUGUGUACCUAUUUUUUUAAUUGAACAAAGAAUUGGAUGGUGGUCAUACUUUGUAUUAUUUCCAAUCAAUAAA